AUGAGCAUCAAAGGCACGAUUCGAUUCGAGGACCUGGGCGAGCCCGUGCAGCGACUGCUCAGGUCGCUGAAGGGUGGUGUCACAGAGGAGGACAUGGCACUGCUCGAGUACGUGUCCGUGAAGGAUAUGGCCAAGAUAUACGGUGAGAUGUCCACUGAUCGCCACGCAGAGGAGAUCUGGAAUGAGCUCCGCGCUGCUCUGCAGGCGAGGAAAGAAAAGGCGGCGCGGCGCGAGGCGGAGCUGCUCAGCAAGCAGCAGCAGCUGGAGCUGGAGCGCGAGGCGGAAGAGCGGACGCGUAGGCAGCAGGAGGAGGCAGAGGAGGCGGAACUGCGGCGGGCGGAAGAGGAGCGGCAGCAGCGACGCGAGGCUCGCCGCAGGCAGCGCGAAGCGGAGCAGGAGGCAGCACUUCUGGCCGAGCAGGAGGCGGCGGAGGAGGCGGCUGCGCUGGCGGAGGAGGCGGAGCGGCAGCGGAAGGCGGAGAAGAAGCGCAAACGCCGCGAAGCGCGUGCACGGGAGCUUCAGGAAGAGGAGGAGGCCCUCGCAGCGGAGCAGGCUAAGCACACCGCGAAGAAGUCCGGUUCGCAGAAGAAGGCCUGGGAAGAGUACGUCGCCAGCCACCCGCUGGAGUUCACCAACGAGCUGAGCCAAAACAUCGAGCAGCAGCGUGUUGAGCACACGCUCAAGGCCCCGCCGCAGGCGAGUAGCGAUCUCCUCAACCGCACCUACACGCCCAAGUGUCCAAACUGCAAUGCGAAAUUCGCGACACCACCGUCAGAGUGGGAGUGUCCGAUGUGUCUGAAGCGAUUUCGGCUGUCCUUCAAGGUAUGGCAGCCUGAUGACUCAACCAAUUCUUGUAUGAUUUGUCACGCGCCCAUUGGCCGUUUUUCUCGCCACCACUGCCGUAGAUGCGGCCGACUUGUGUGCAACCAAUGCAGCGACACGAGGGCUGUUAUUCCUGCGCUGGGAUUUAAGGGGACUGUGAAGAUUUGUGAUGACUGUGCAAAUAGGGGCGCCGCAGCUUAG